AUACCCGGAAGUGACGUGUCGUGCAACGUCAGCAACAACAACAAUCAAAAUGAAGCUGGACUCGAAUGAUGAAGACGAUGUGGCUUUAUUUGAUGCUGAGGAAGAUUCAGCCACAAGAAAGAACAAAAUCAAGCAUCCGAUGGCCUCCUUCUUCCACCUGUUCUUCCGGGUCAGUGCGGUUCUGGUGUACCUGUUGUGUGGUUUAUUUGGCGGAUCCUUCAUCGCCUGCAUGGUCACCAUCAUCCUCCUCCUGUCAUGUGACUUCUGGACUGUGAAGAAUAUUACCGGCCGUCUGAUGGUGGGUUUGCGCUGGUGGAAUCAAGUGGAUGAUGAUGGAAAAAGCCGCUGGGUGUUUGAGUCCAGAAAGGCCAGCGGGAGUCAGUCUUCAGCGUCCCGAUCCUCAAACGCGGAGUCUCGGCUCUUCUGGCUGGGUCUGAUCAUCUGUCCCGUCAUCUGGGUCAUCUUUGCUUUCUUUGCUCUCAUCUCGUUCAAGAUCAAAUGGCUGGCCGUGGUGAUUAUGGGAGUGGUGUUACAGGGAGCCAAUCUCUACGGAUACGUGCGCUGCAAAGUAGGCGCCAGAACAAACCUGAAGAACAUGGCCACAAAUUACUUCGGACGGCAGUUUCUCAAACAGGCUUUCACAAAACAAGAGGAGUCUUAGGAAGACAGAAUUCAUGCCAAUUCCGUUGAUGAACUUUUAAUGCGUUAUUUUUUUAAGACUGUUUGAAAUUAAAUGAACUAAAAGGG